CACAUUACUAGUCUUCUCGGUUCGACCCAUGUAUAAAAAGCUCGACUAAUGAUUUCAAUUAACCAUUUGCCACUAAGUGGAAUAUACCGAAAAUAAAAUAUUGAAUUCCAGUUUUACCGUCGUUGACGUAGUUGGACCGUGUGCGAAAAUGAGUCUGUCGAAAUUACAAGUAUCGUUGUUGUGUGGCCUGGUCCUGUUAUGGUCCUGUUUCGUUGACGUGAGUAUAACAAUUUAUUUACUUCGAGAUUAUUGGGAUCCGUUUUUUGAUCGCUUUCGAUUUCGGAACAAUCAAUGGACACCAAUAGAGAUGUGAAUAUUGUACAUAUUUACAUUGUACAUUUUAUACAUUUUUUUUUGAAGGUAAAUUAUUUUUUACCCCCCAAAAAAUUGUGUGUAGCUCCUUUAAUCAAAUGAACUGAAAAACGAUUUUCCUGAAAUGUAAAGUGAUAUUUAUAUUUUCUAAAUAUUAUUAUCAUUUGUCAUAUUGAUAUAAUCAAUGUUAUAGUUACAGUACCAGUAUUCAUUAAUUACUUUCUAUUAAUUAUUAAAUAUUAUGGAAAAAAAUUUUUCCUNUUUUUUACCCCCCAAAAAAUUGUGUGUAGCUCCUUUAAUCAAAUGAACUGAAAAACGAUUUUCCUGAAAUGUAAAGUGAUAUCGUAUUUAUUAACUGAUAAAACGUAUUUAUAAACAAUACAAUAAUAUUAAUGUACUAAUCAUAUUUUCUAUUCUUUUGACACAGUAUUCGGUCAAAUAUAAAUCGUUAUCAAUAAUAGUGAUUUAUCAGUUGACAAAUGUAAUUGUUGAUAUGACUGUUUCAUUUUCCUGUUUUAAAACGCAUUUUCGUGUUUUUCAUCUCCACUGUAUGAACAGAACAAACAUAUUUUCUAAAUAUUAUUAUCAUUUGUCAUAUUGAUAUAAUCAAUGUUAUAGUUACAGUACCAGUAUUCAUUAAUUACUUUCUAUUAAUUAUUAAAUAUUNUAAAUUGUAUAGACUAAUUCAAAGUUUAAAUGCAUGUUUACAAUGAUACUAGAUUGAAUAAGAAUCUGAAGGAGAGAAAAGGGGGAAAAAUAAGGCAAUUAUCACAUUGAUAAUUGUAAAGGAAUUAAUAGAUUUAAAAAAUUCACUUUAUGAAUAACGUUAAUUUAGCAUACCUUUUGAGAAUUGGUUUUAUUUUGCCGAUUACCUCAGUCCCUGCGCACGCCACUACAUUCAGACAUAUAUAUUUUAUUGCAGGGCAAAUAUACUGCGGAACAAGUUGAUGACUUUGCAAAACUGUGCAACGCCGUUGAAGGUAAAUAAUAUCAUUUUCGAAAAAUGUAACUUGCCCACGAGUGAUAGUUUAAAGUAAAGACAUAUAGUAAUGAAUUUAGGUACUGUGUAGUUUAAGAAACUGUACUUCAACUAUAUAUUUUUCUAAUAUGUUUUUAUUAAAAUCUGUAGAGAUGUAAUUUUUUAAAUUCUAAAUUAGAGGAAUUGUAGGUAAGUACAUAUUUUGUAUGCACAUUAUAAUUAAUCAAAAUACUUUUUCUUAUUUAGAGGACGUUGAUGUAUUUAAAGGGUACAACUUACCAACAACAGAAACUGGAAAAGUAAUAAUUUUAACAAAAUUUAAUAGGUUCCACAGUCUCAUUCAAACUUUUAAUCAUAGCAUAUUCUAGAGAUAACUUGCAACAAUUAGACCCAAUAUGAAACAAAAGAGUUCUCUCGUCAUUUUCUGAUUGCAGUAAUUUUUCUGUUCGAAAAUUAUUUUAUUAACAAAAAAAAUACACGAUUUUCCUUAAAAGUAUAACUAAGGUUCUUUUUAACAAAAUAAAUCGAAAUUCCUUAAAACCUACUUUCGUUUAUGCGCCUGUUAUGGUCAUCUACUCGAAGGAUAAAAUUCAAUAUUAUACUUAUCUAACAAUUUUCUUUACCUAUCUAUACUUCUUCACCAAACGUAAAUUAAUUUUAACCAUAUACCUAUGUAAGAAGCUAAUUACAUAUAAUUUUUUUUCCAGCUUUUCAUCAAAUGCGUAUUCGAUAACCUUGAAAUGGUAAUUUAAAAAAAAUAUUAAUAUUUUAUUUAUUUGAGUAUUCAAAUUUAUUUUCUUUAGUGUGACUCCAAUGGCAAUUACAAUAAACCAAAUACCUUCGAGGCAAUAAAAAAGUACUGGCCUGAAGUGGCGUUGGAUACGAUUGGAAACAUAAACCAAAUAUGUUAUAUCGAAAGUAAAGCAUCAAUAUUUUUUUUUUACAUUAAUCUUAGUUCUUAGUUAGGUAUUCGUUAAUAUUCAUGACCAUUUAAUUACUAUUCAAAAACUUAUCAGUAUUAUACAAAUAAUUUAACUGGGUUAACCGUGUUACCAUGACUUCUUUUUGGUCAAUAUUCAUGAUAUUCCAUCAUGAUGGUUAUCAUCAUAUAAAUGGUUGCGCGACGAGAAAAAAUAUUUGCUGCGAAAUUUUUUUAUGGCGAAUCUCUUGGACUACAGAGUGAUCUAGUUGUGAUUAAUACGAUGGUGUUUCUGUGAUUUAAACAUUAGUAUAGUUUUAUGUACGGAUUAAGAUAUUAUCCACAUCCAUGGGUUUAUGUAAUACCCCAGUAUAAAGAUAAAUUAGUUUGAUAAAUUCGAGUUUAAUAUAGAAUUAAGAAAUAUAGUGAUAAACUAAACAAACAUAUUACAUGAGUAUAUGAUUAUAUAUAAACCAAUUUUGUCAAUAUUUUUCUGUUACUUUUAUUCACUCAUUACAGUUGAAGAAAAUCGGUCUAGGUCCAAACGUUGUAAAGUUUAGUGUUGGUGUAAAUUUUUUCGAUCGGAACAUUUGGAACCGUUUUACUCAGCAGUUAGAACAUUGUCCACCGUGCAAACUAACUAUAUCUAUAGUCGUUAUAAAUACGGAAACAUAUUAUAAUUUAUUAAAGACGAGAAUUUAAUUGCAUUGAUAACAUAUACUUUAUUUAAUUUUUUUAUUAGUAAAUUACCAAUGAUUCUGUUGGCAGGCUUAAAAAUAAAAUCAGCUUAUGAAUUGGGAACACCCGAUUAUGUCUACCUAAUUCAGAAGUGUUUGUUUACUCAAUUUAAACUAGUACGUAGUAUGGAUCAUCCCCAAUAAAAUAUGACCGAUGAAAUAUUAUGUUACUUGUUUUUCAGUAUGACAUGUUGUAGAGACGUAUUAUGGAAAAAAGGACGGAGUCAUAGAUAAACUAAAGCGAAGUUUAUUUAUUUCACCCAAUUAAUUGUUGUCAAGUUUAAUUUAAAGUGUUCAAAUUUUAUUAGCAUAACGUUUUUUUUUACCGGUUAAUUAAUUAUUAACUGUUAG